AUGUUUUCACAAAAUAACAAUCACAAAUUUGACGUACCGACAAGAUGGAGCAGAACUAAAGCAUCGAGACUAUUAACAAUUGAUGAUAACAAUCUAAGAAUAAAGUAUAAUGGUCUUGGCCAAAACGAUGAUGAAGCUGCAGCAUUAAUUGCCAAUAGCCCGUUUCGAUAUUCCAUGAAUAUAGGCUAUUUUGAAAUUUAUAUCAUAGAAGAUGGAUGUGAUAAUGGUCUUGAAGGAAAAAUAGGGAUUGGAUUUGGGUCGGCAAAAACAUCAGUAAGACAACUACCAGGGUGGUUUCCAGGGUCUUAUGGGUAUCACGGUGAUGAUGGAAACAUAUUUCACUCACAAUUUAAUGGUAUGCCAUAUUCAACAUCUUAUGGAAAAGGAGACAUAGUAGGAUGUUGUAUAGACUAUAAGAUUCGAUCAAUUUUUUUUACAAAAAAUGGGAUAAAUUUAGGUCAUUAUAAGAUCAAUUAUUGUAUAGUAACAUUUUAUUGA